GGAAGAUAUAAGAUGACAACCGAAUCAUCAUCAUCUUUAUCAUCUUUAUCUUCUUCCUCCUCAGAUGACUUUGGCGCAACAUGGAUACUUGAUGCUGCCAAUCUUGUCUUUUUCCUACAAGCAGGGUUCGGUAUGAUAGAGGCAGGAAUGGUACGAGCAAAGAAUACAAAGAGUAUAUUGUUAAAGAAUUUGAUUAAUACAGCGAUAGGAGCGAUAGGGUUCUAUUGCUUUGGACACGCAUUCGCAUUUGGACCCGAUUGGUCCAAUGGAUUCAUUGGCUUUGGAAGCUUUUUCCUGCGCGACUAUAAUAACUACGCCUACUGGCUGAUACAGUGGGCCUACGCGUCCACCGCCACAACGAUUGCAACGGGCGCAAUGGCCGAACGCACACAAAUGCCCUGCUACCUGCUGUUCUCCCUAUUACAGACGACGCUGAUCUACCCCGUCGUUGCGCAUUGGAUAUGGAGCAGCGGCAACGGAUGGCUGGCCAGCUUGGGCAUCGCAGACUUUGCCGGUGGCGCCGUAGUGCACAUCGUCGCUGGCGCCUGCGGAGCGUGUGGCAGCUUCUUGCUGGGGCCUCGCAUCGGUCGAUUCGACCACGACAAUGGGCGACCCAAGACACUGCCCGGCCACAACGUCGUGCUGACGUCGUUAGGCGCCAUGAUCCUCUGGUACUCAUGGUACGGAUACACGAGCGGAGCAUCAAUUGGAAUGGCGUCAACCAUGUCAAUAUCAAGAGUAUCAAUUGUUGCAACACUGUCGGGCGCCACCGGCCUCCUCACUGUGUUGGCCAUUGGAAGAGUGUUCACUGGACAAUACGACCUAGUCAGAGGCAUCAACGGUCUAGUAGUUGGUCUAGUAUCCUCCACAGCUGGAUGUGCCUAUAUCGAACCAUGGGCAGGAAUCAUUGUAGGAUUUGUUGGAGCAGUUAUAUAUUAUGUAUCAUCAUGGAUACUACUGAAUUGGGCAAAGAUAGAUGACCCAGUAGAUGCGACAUCAGUGCACUUGUUUGGUGGAGCAUGGAGUGUGAUUAGCUUGGCAUUCUUUGCAUCACAUGGCAAGGCCAAUGGUAUAUUCUAUGGUGGUGGAAUCGGACUGCUAUGGGUACAAUUGGUUGGUGUCGCGAUGGCAACGAUGUGGGCUAUUUGCGUAUCGACAGUGUUCUUCUUGGUGAUGAAGUAUAUGAAUUGGUUCAGAGUGGAUGUGGACACAGAGUUGGCAGGACUGGACAACAUGAAUCAUGGAGGAGCAGCAUAUAUAUUCGAU